CUGUAAAUGCAAACAUGCUAUUUAAUUAAAAAUAUUAAUUUGACUUUAAUCAGUUUUUAUCAACCUGCUAUUUACACUUGCUUUUAGUAAGUUACUUGUACUUUGAGGUUGAAAAAUCUUACCAGCUCAGUUUACUUGAGUUAGAUUAAUUUAGAAAAAGUAAGUUUAUGAUCUGUGGGCAUGCGCAGAUCAGUCCUCUCUACGCUAGAUAGGCGAUAUUUGUUCACCACUAUGGCCCCGCCCUUCAAUAGCUACUAUUGGCCAGGCACUUACGUACCUGAUUUGUACAGGUCAUAUCCCCUGACCAACCUUAACCAAUCCAGGUGAAUUGCCUAACCCCAACCAAUCAAGCUGCUUCGUAGGGCGGGUCUUGGCGUGGCGGGAUUCGUAAUUUUGCAGACAUGUCACAUCGUGCCUGCAACUGACCAAGUGGAGCUGGACCUAAACAUCGCUUCAACGGCGCUUUUGUUUAUCUUCAUCAUAACAGCGAUUCUUGUGCUUGGCACACUCAUUUGGCUCAAGCAGAUGGUGAUCAAUCCACACAUAGGUAGUCCCAGCAGUAAAAGAUACUGUGGGGUCGACUUAUAGCCCAUCAAGAUGAUGACUUCAGCAGUGUUGCACAAGCACUGAUCAGAAAAUACCCCUGCCUCGCUGAGCCUGGACCACACAAAUGGUAUGGCUGGAUAAACAGCCUUAAAUUUAAGAUGGCCAAUUAUCGCACAAAGCUUCGAAAAGCUGGAUGUGAGGAUGUAGCAAUCCUGGUUGAAAAUGGUUGAACGAUGGCCAGCACUCUUCACAGAGAGACAGGUGUUUGCUGAGUUUAAUAGAAUCGCCAGUAAGAAUCUUGAGGGAGACUUUUUUGAGGCUCUGGACCAGUACACGCCACGUUUCAUCAAACUCUUCAAAACAAAGAAGGGAACUGUUGGUCAGAAACUCAGGGAGCUGAUUCAGCACAUAAGCUGUAAGACACCAGACGUGACAGUACUUCACUCUGUUGUCCUCAAAGGCAUUCCCAUUUUACUCUGUGAUGAAUCCAGUGAAUUCUACAAGACCUGCUCUGAUACAACGAGAGACGAGGCCCUAGAAUGCAUCACUGUUGGUGUGCUGACAGUUGUCAGUGAAGAUAGUCCUCAUGAGGGUCAAAGCUCAGUGGACCUCCAGCCCAUCUCCACUGCCAUCAUUCUGGAGGGAGGUAUUGUCAUGGAUCAUAUUAAAAACUUGCCUCAGGCAGUUUGUCUGUUGUUUGGACUUACAUAUGUAUUGCAUUUGGAUUACCCAAAAUGCAUGGCAAAUACACUCAACUUCAUUCAGACUGUGAUGCUUGGACUGGGAAAGAAAAAACUCCCAUCAAAACUGUUAACUCUGAAGAACAGUCUUCUGGGUUAGAACAGUAAAGAGCUGUCAGAUAGCACUUUGUAAGCUUUGCAGCCAUUAAUGUUCUCCUGUUAUCAGAGAAAGUUUGAUGCUUUCAUGCAACUGUUCACGCUAAUUUACGAUCUCAUUUUAAAAAAGAAAAGAAAAAUUCCAUUGAAGUCUGUACCAUGUUAUGCAGGUAUGCUAAUGGUGGAAAUUGAGCUGUUUGCAAAGUGUGGUUAGUUAUUAUUAGAUGAUAAUGUCAGAAAAUAACCUAGCAAGGUUGUCCUGUUUACAUUUGUGUUUUUGGAAAACUUUUAAUAGUUUUAAUGUAGUACAAAUACAAACCCCAAGGACUGAUUUUUUUUCUUUGUGGUGGUUUAAUCUUUGGACUGUUCAAUUUGAGAAACAAAAGCUUUUGUUGUACUUACAGCUUUGAUCAGAAAUGCACUGAUUUUUCCAUGCACUGAAGUCCUGUAGUUAUCAGGUUUUUACCUGUUUAAUAUUGGGAGACUCUUAUUAGCUCACAGAAAUGUGGUUUUAUUUUUUAUAUUUUUCCUUUAUUUUCUACAGUUAAAUCAAACAACAACUUUGUUG